GUAAUUUAUGUUAGAGGUUGUGUAAAGCCCAGGGCUAUAGUGCGGCUGGAAAGAUUAGGUCAAUUGAAAAACACAAUGGCCUCAUCAGAAAUCGAAUCCACUAUAUUCCGGCUUGUAGCAUUGCCCCAACCAUGCUAGCACAUGCCUCGGUUAAGUUAACAGACGUUCUGGAAAAAGUACAGCCUCCAUCUUCAGGGUUGAAGUGUAAUCCAAGGAAGUAAUCAACAAGAAGCAACCUCAACAUUCUGCUCCUUGCUGGUUAUUUCCGUGGCUUGCACUUUGACCUCGAAUACUGAGGCAGUAUGUUCCUCCAAAAUGUCAGGGAACGUCUAGUAAGCCAAAAAAGCAACCAGUAAUAAGUGGGCUCUGCUUCUUGCUGUUACUUGCUUGGCUUACUUUUUACCCUGAAGAUUUUUGAAAUAUGUUCCUCUAAACGUUGGUGAACUUCUCCGGGACUACACGGUGUUACAUCUCAAAAGACAGCAUUUUUCGUUGUAACCUCUUUAAGAACAUCAAAUCCUGCAAGGUCAAUUACUCAGUGUAGGUUCAUUCGACAGGGAAUAAUUAAGACUGUCGAUCUCGGCCCUUGUAAUAAAGAAACACGAAAUUCACAUGCAUAAAUUUACUGAUAUGCGUUGAUAUUUAUCAAGUCCGCGAGAUAUCAAAGUUAUAUAAAUCUACUGAAUGAAUAAACAAGGGGUAUUAUAUGUAUAUAUAAAUAAUUUUAUUAUAUGAUUCAAAGUCAUACUGUAAUAGAGCAUUGUACUAAAAUACAUAAGUUAAUCGAAUCUUUCUUCUUUUUUAUCUUUUAACCAAAGAGAUUAUGUUUGUGAAUGCUGAGAAACUUAUCUGAAUCAAUUUUAUGUCAGUGCAGAGGAAGGAAGGGUUUCUUCUUCUGCCUUAACUGCACUGCCAUUUCCUCGAUGUGCGAUGCUCCAUUCAAUAACGUGUGUUUAGCACAGGCUGAUAAGAAUUCUCGGAAAUUGCGGUUGCGUUGCGGUUGCCAGUUUCCUUGAUAUGCCUUCGCCCUUAUCCCCCAUGAAAACUUAGAAUUCAGAUACUAUGAUUGUUUAUUGACGUUGCAAUGUGAAUAAUAUUGAAGCUUCUGUUUGUUUCCCUGCGGAUACUAAAUUAUCGCCACACUACUGUGCUAUCAAAUCCCUUGUUGAAACGUUGUUACAUUUCCUGAAGUAUUUAUACGAGAGAAUUUCCAAUGUUCUAAAAUUUCAAGGACCUACAAUUCAUCCAGGGAGAAUACUCGUAGCUCCCUCCAGCCGUGUUUUUUGUAUUUUAUUUCUGUCUUUGUCAUUAUUGACAGCUGUAAAACGUUCUGUUCUGAACACAUUCCUUUAAUCAUUGACACGUAACGACCCUUCAGCAUUAUAAAUUAUUACAAGUCAAGUAAGUCAAACACGAAACAAUUACUUGUACCUGUCGUGGACUGUUAUUUACAACAGAAACAGUAAUAAGCCUCACUAGGAAUGCAUCAGACGAUGCCACUGGUUAAAAAUUAAUCACGAAUCUGGAUUAUUCUUCCGUUAGAAUUCUUGAUCUUAUCAUAAUAUUAACUAUAUACAAACGAAGGUAUAAAUCUUAUGUAUGCAUGCUGUUAUUCCGAAAAUUUGUGGAGAGUACCCAAACAAGUAUCAAUCGAAAUCAGCUGCAAGAGACGGAAGUGGAAGCAUUACGAAGAAACGCGCUCGUUCCGAAGUGAGUUAUUACCAUUCUUCCCGCAUUUAAGUAAGGUGCAAUUUCUGUGUCAAUUAAGUAAUAUAAACCAUUUAAUAAUCAUGCCUAAAGCCUCUUCUAAGAAGGUAAAAAUUAUGCAAGAAACUGAGGAAUUCAUAAGCUCACCGGAAUUAUGCGAAGAUGAAUUUCCUAUGAAAAAUGGAGCAAAGUCACUUAUGAAAUCGAACAGAAUCAGCAAAUACGAAACAGACACGAAGUCUGGAGGAACUUAUUGUGCAGUUGCCAAUAAUACAAAUACUGAUUUAGGAAAUGAUUUACGGAAAGUUCUGGAUAUGUUUGGUGCAGAUGUUAAUAAAGCUCUGCGAGCCAAGAAACAGCAACUGGAACAAUACAGUGCAGGUGCAAUGAAAGCAAAUGAAACCAGAAUAAAGGAAAUGCUGCAAUGUCAGUCUGAAGCAAGAAUGCAUCAUCAUGAAGAGAUGUGCAGGAAUGUUAACUCUGUUCUGGAACAGUGGAAUGUAGAUUUAGCUCAUUCCAAAGACAAUGAAGAAAAAAUGAUUAAAAUUGUGCAAAAGCAAAUCAAAAUAAUCCAACAGAACCGUACUUCCCAACUUCAAAGAUUAGCAUAUCUUCGCCAAAUUCAUGAAUCAUAUCAGAAGAAUUUCUUACAGGAGGAAGCCAAGCAGAAUGACCAGUGUCUUAGUAUGCUGCAGGAGCUUCGAAGGGAACUUAAUGAGCUGCAGAAGAAGAUGGUGGUAGACAACCAGAAAGUGGAAGUAGCACAAAUGCAAGAGGCCUUAAAGAGAAGCGUGUCAUUCAUAUAACAUAGCAAUUGAAGUUCCACAGCAAUUAGCAAAACUACAUGAUGUUAACACAUUCAGUCUUGGAGCAAUACGUUCUGAUUUUUAACUAUUUCUAUUCAUCAGAAUGGGAAAGAACGCUUUCAUCAUAUAACACAAUAUUUUUUUCAUAAAGGAAUCCAGAAACUGUUCUACAUUCGUUUUAGAAACAAGGAUGUUUCAUAAUAUGCUGAUGAGUUCAUAGUUUCGUGUAAAAUAUUUGCUGUUUCGAAUGAUUCCAGUAGGCAUUAAACAUGUUGUAAUAAAAUAUAUCGUUACCCAUUCUUGGGUAUGAAAAUUAAAUAAUGUUAUUGUUUGUCAUAAUUUUAGUUAAGUUUAAUUAUAAAAGUAAAUAAUUAGCCCAGUUUCCCUUAUAAAUGCCAAUAUAAAAUAGUGUCAGUAUUCACAGAAUUGUUGAAGUAAUACCAAUCUUUCUCUUAUCUUUGAUACAGUUUGUUCAUCACAAAUCUUUAACAUUGAAUAAGCUCAGUUUUUUAAAUGCUCUGUGUAACAUUAAUAUUUUGUAGUUUAAAAACCAGACAUUUAUUCUAUGUUAAUGUAUUUUAUGUUACCUCAGAUUAACUAGUGUAUGUAUUUAUAAUUUCAGUCUGUGUUAAUUGAACUUAAAGAUAAAACAAGAGCAAGAAUUGAAACUUGAAAUGUGAGUUAUGUUCACUUGUGGGUUAUCAAUAUUACUCUUUUACAUUUUAAUAAAUUCAAUAAAAACUACCACAGAAUAUCUUGUAUCAAUCAAUAAGCAGUGUUAAGAGUUCUUUCACUUCUGAAUUAGUAAAAUUCAGCUGAAAUCUUGAUACACAG